CAUUCAUUCAUAUUUUAUACUUCCACAAACAGUUCCAAAUCAACAGAGUGGGUUUUCAAUAACAUUUUAAACGCAAAUGAGUCGUGUUGUAGUAGACAAACGCAACGGAAUGUCAACGAUAUAGCUUCCGCAAGUUUUUCUGGAGGAGGAAUGGACUGCAACUCAUAAAUCAUUAUUUGGUGUUGUGGGUGGAAAAAGGGGGAAGUGUAACGCGCCCUUGCAGGAUUCUGCAGUUACCUUCAAAAAGUAAAAGUGAAUCUUGGCCAACAGCAGCGGGGACGACAAGUUGAACAAAAGCGCUGAAGUUGCGAAAAUAGUUUUUUUUUCCAGCGGCGACAAUGUUCGCAAAAUGGUGCCCGAGAGGGUUGGCUAUGAUAUAUCUGGUGGUGAUAGCUGGCCAUCAGUCGUCGGACGGUGCCCAUCUAACGGGGUCGUUUCCUGUAGACGGAUUUUUUCGGUUUUUAAUUAAGUUCGGGUUCCAGAAAACGGAGAAACAUUCCCAAAAGAACACCGAAUCCGACACAUUCGGAUAUAUUUACGGGAACAUUACGUCCCAGUGGAAUUUUUCGAUGCCCAUAACGUUAGCCGUACUAGACAAGCACAAUUUUUUAGAGUACUACGCUAACCGGAACAAUUACAAUCGGGAAGUAGCUUGCCAGCGGAUGUUCGAUAAGUUAGAUAAGGUGGCCUUCAACAGCGGAUGCAACAAGGGAGCUGAAGCCGAUUACUUGCGGAGAAUUCCCUGCAAGAAGGGUUCACUCUGUGCGGAUGAAGACAAUCCGACGAAUGUGGUCGCUGGGAGUCAGUUUACUUAUGUGAUUAGCGAUCCCAACGUGCCGAGAUUUUGGUACGUCUCUUUGGUGUCCUGCUAUCAAAAUGUCACUACCUGCCAGUGGCACUAUUACGACUACCGGAAGUAUCACGCGGACGCGCCGCCACGAAUCGAAUACGACAUCCAGCUCGUCAAUGGGAACCCGAACCGGCAGAGUUUAUCCUUCUUCAAUCCUUUGCUUUUUCACUUUUCGUUCGAUCAGCAAAAUACGCUGGAAAUGUAUCUGAUAUUUUUCGUCAUCUACCUGGUGAUGGUUCCGAUGCAGAUCUACGCGGUUCGGCUGCAGAAACACCCGGUCACGAGACUCUUCACGAUCAGUUUAACUUUGGAGUUUAUCAGCGUGUGCUUGCUGCUAACUCACACCGUUCGGUAUGCGAUGAAUGGUGUGGGGAAUGAGAAGGUAGCCAUCACCGGGGAUAUUUUCGAUAUUUUCAGCAGGACUUCAUUCAUGCUGAUAUUAUUACUACUAGCGAAAGGUUGGGCCGUCACACGGAUGCAGAUUUCCGUCAGCAGCUGGAUCUUGCUGAUGGUUAUUUGGAUUCCUUACUGCGCGAUUCACGUACUUUUGUACAUUUGGAAUAGGACUGAAGUCGACAUUAUAUCCGAUAUCGACGAAUAUCAGACGUGGCCUGGAUGGUUAGUGCUGGCUUGCAGGUCAACUAUGAUGUUGUGGUUUCUGUGGGAACUGCGAACAACGAUGAAGUAUGAACACUCCACACAAAAAUUGGAUUUUUUGCUGCACUUCGGCGCUUCAAGUUUAGUGUGGUUCAUAUAUCUGCCCAUUGUGGCCAUCAUCGCAGUGAAUGUUAGUCCACUGUGGCGAUAUAAGUUGCUGUUGGGAAUAACGAAUUCAGCAGACUGUCUUGCGUACUGCGUAAUGAUGGGUCUGUUGUGGCCAAACCGGGCUGGUCAGUAUCUUCUGCUGACGGGUAUCAACUAUGCCGGUAUGGACGAACUGGACGAGUUCAAUGAGGCGCCGCACGUGGUUCAUCGGGACUCGGACGUGCUGGGGGUGGACUGCGAUGACGAUUUCGCGGAAAAUGACGACGAAAUCGAAACUCUGGUGCUAAGCACGGAUGAUCUACUGAGUAAUGGUGGUGCCAAUCAUCAUCAGCCGCAGGUGGUGAGUAGCGGGGGCAGCAAACCUCUGGUGCUGAACGGGCGCAGUCGAAACAUUCUGUCAAACGAUUUUUAUGGAAUUUUUCAAAACCUGCUAUUAAUAUAUUGAUAAAUAUUGAAUCUUACAAAGAAGCCACGUAAAAGUAUAGGAAAUAAAAAAUCCAAACCAUGUGCCAUACUGAAGAUAAUUAAUUCAUCGCUUGUUGAUAAGUAGGAAGAUAUGGGGCGGAUUAGCGAGCACAAAGCUGUUAGAGCACCCCUCUUGAGACUAGCAGUUACAGAUUGACGGCUGCGUAAUCGAAGACUCCACUAGUUUUUCCUCUAGUUUUGAGCCGGUAGCACGAGCGUUGUGAGAGGCACCUUCCAGUAGUUAAGGCGUGUGAUAUAGAAAGAAAUAUAGCAAUUAACGACAGGCCAAGAAUAAUGAUGUUAUUUGUACAUAGGAUUUAAUGAAAUGUAAAACCAGCAAAUAGUAGGUAAAACUUAACUAGUGAAACGAACAAGUAUUUCAAUUGAAGCUACGAUUUUGUCAGUGUACGGUCUCUGGAAAAAGAAGAUCACCUCAUGCUUACCUGCUACAUUAGAAUCCCUUCGUUAGUUCCGACUGGAAGGGCCUUUUAGCUGUUGUAACACUAACGAAGUAUAGCACAAUGUGAGAUGCAUUUUUGAACCGGUAGUUACUGAUAAAAAACAGAACAUUAAUUUCAGUUUUACUGUACUCUAGAAUAGAGCAGCGUUUCGUAACUCUUCUUAAUAGUGUUCGGUGUAGCUAAUUUUGAAUUGCAGUUUGGUACUUUUCCUACGCUCUAUUUGUACAAGUUAGCAACUACAUUGAUUGUUUAGCAAGAUCGUGUGACAUAUCUCCAAAAAAUGUUGAAAUUGCUCAGAGAAUAACACUAUUUUUGCUUAAUUUAGAAUUCGAACUUCCAAGUUCUUCGAGUUUUCUCUGAAACCUGCAUUUGUGCCCAAAACAUUUUUUGUUUAUUGGAUUUUAGACGUCAUUUCCUUUCCUGCUCAACUAAUUGUUAAUAGUUUUUCGCCAAUCGAUAGAAAAGUGUUCAAUUAGUCUCUGGUCCAACACCAACAUUUUGUUUGCUACGUCAAACCACAGAGAACAGACAUAUAAGCUGGAAUAAACUUUCCCGAAAAACCUGUGUAAACAUUUAAAUGAAAAUGCGUUGAAAAAUCAUCAUCGCAUACAAGUUCGCAUGCGCCCAGUUAAGCUCAGCCGGAAAUGAACUGGAAUUCCGGCUGGUUCCAGUUCGCAUUCCGGCUCCAUUGAC